AUGCACGAGGAGGAGGAUGAUGUCUCUACGAUUGACUGUAAUGUUGACACUACUGAACAGGAGGAAGAGGACGAUCAGCCCGAGGACUUCGAGCCACCGACGCGCAACGUUCUCCUGAGAGCACGACCACACGUGUUCGCCAUGUUUGAGCUGCUGACGCUAGUGGUCGUGGUGGUGUACGUCUACUACAACCCCAAGCCCUGGCCUUGGUCCCUCCAGCUGAGCUGCGUCAGCCUGGAAUGCUUCAACGUGCAAGCUGAGCUGCAUUCGUCCAUGGACCUGAGCGCCGAACCGUGCGACGACUUCUACCAGUACGUGUGCGGACACUGGGCCGAGGGACAUUCACGGUACCAGGACCAGUUCCGGUACCUGGAGUCGAAGGUGUACAUGAAAGUGAACGACAAGCUGCGCCAGCGUUCCGAGGGCCUGCCCCUGCCGAGCAAGCCCCUGAGCACGUCCGACAAGGCAGUGCUGAGCUACGUCGCCUGCACCGAGGUGCUGCGUCGGAACAUGGACGUCCCCUGGCUCAUCGACAGCCUGCUGUUCCUGGGAAAGGACAAUCCGGUUCACUUCCUUGCCACUUCCGGAAGCAAGAACGCUUCGGCCGAGGCACUCGCCACGCUCAUCUCGCUCACCAUGGACUACGACCUGGACGUGCUGUUCGAAGUGGUCCUCACUCCUGACCUCAGGUCCCAGCGCCGGAGCUUGCUGAGCGUGGCCCACAGUGCAUCGCUGCUGCGCUGGAAGCGGCACCGCGAGCGCUACCUGACGGCCGACUCGACGGCUCGCUGCGUGCACCAGUUUGCGAGCGUCAUGUCGUGCAACUGCAACUUGGAACCGGGCCUGACGGCCGCCCUUGUCGCCAUGGACGCUGAGGUAACCACCAAGAUGGCCGCCUCAGCCGCAACGUCAGCCGGAAAAGGCGCGCACUUGCGGUUCCACGACAUUCCAUCCACCCACGCUGCCGUAUGGCUGCGUGCGGUUCGUGCCAACCUCAGGGCGGCGAUCGAGGAUGGCGAUGAGGACAUCGUAAAGUCGGAGCCCUCCCGGAUGGCUGCGGGCUCCGGAAGGCGCGGGGGCCGCCAGCCCUGGAAGCUGACCGGCGACAGCGUGCUGUACGCAACCGACCCGAGGCUGUUCGGCCUGGUUGACGAGACUCUGAGCCUCCAUCCGGAGUCGCACGUGCGUUUUUACAUUGCCUUCCAGGUUGUGCGAGCUCUGGCGCCAUUCGCGUCGUACCGCCUCACCCAGUCGCUGUUCAGCGACGACAACGCGACGGCCGUGUACCUGUACGUGGCCGACGCAUGCGCAGCAGCCGCCAGCAAGCUCACCUCUUUCGCCCUGGCUACGUUCGUCUUCCAAGACGUGCUCACGGCGCGCAGGGUGCAGCUAGCCCACGAACAGGUAGACGCACUUCGAAACGAGACGAUGGCGUCCUUGUCGUGGCUCGAGCCAGCCGACCAGGAGGCGGCCCGCAAGAGGUUGUCCUCCCUGCGCCCGGUGGUCGCCUGGCCCGAACGGCUUAACUCCAGCGAAGCACAGGACGCUUACUUCGCCGACCUUCCGGACUUCCGCGGCUACUACGUCGAGAUCUACCUGGGCUCCGUCAAGGCGCUCCAAAAGAGAGACAAAGUGCGACUCAUGUUCGCGGCCGACGCCAGCAGCGCGGUCGACAACGUUACGGGACAGCUCGCUGGGCUGCCCGAAGAAGUGGCUCCCAUUCAAGGAUUCAGGCCAUCGGUGCGGUACAGCCCUUGGCUGGACAGCCUGCUCAUCUCACCGGGGACACUGUUCGAGCCGGUACUGUUCGCCACCGACGGUGACAACCAGUCGGUGAUGGACGUUGCUGGAGACGUCAACAGCACCACGGCAGCCGCUUCGGGCGUCGUGCUGGCUCUGGCCCUGGCCGGACUCGGGCACCUCGUGGCGCACGAGCUGUGGCACGCGGCGCUCGGUGAGCGCACCGCGGGCACGUCACCGGAGCCGGACAUCACGCUGACCGGAGCUCGAGUCCGCAGGCACACCUGUCUCACCAACGUGUACAAGGCAGCCGCGGGAGUCGCCGGUACUGGGUCCGCGACGGACCCUGUUGCAUCGCGUCUCACUAAGGCGGCGUCCGAGAACCUCGCCGACGUCGCUGGACUGCAGGUGGCGUACGCGGUGUACGAUGCUUCCGCGGCCAACCUCGGAGCAGCCGCCGCCAAGAACGAUGCCAAGACGCGAAACUGCACCGAGGCUGGCUCGUGGAUCUCCCGGGCCACGGGGUUUACGGAGCGCGAACUCUUCUUCAUCGCCUCCUGCUUCAAGUGGUGCGCCUCGGUGGCCGACGACGUGGUGGCGGGCUCGCUGGGAUUCACGCCCGCGCGGCUGCGUUGCAACGUGCCCGCCGCGCUCACCGGCGACUUCGCCGAGACGUUCGGCUGCAGCAAGGAGCACCGAAUGUCCCGCAUCGCCGCCAGUUACUCGUGCGCGUCGCCCGGAGAGCCGCUCGGGCCACCGGUCCCUGCGUCCGCCAGGCUUCCCGGUGCCCUUACUGUCGAGGCCAUCGAAGAAUGA